ACACACACACACACACACACACACACACACACACACACACACACACACGUAUACAUCCUUUAGUGGCACCCUCGUAUCAGUGACAAUGGGAGUGCCAGGCGCGCGUGCUCUCGACUUUAUAUAGUGCCAAGCAAUCUAAUCUCCUCUUUGGUUUUUGGAGAUAGCUGAACCUCAAGAAACACGUACUCACGAGAACCGCGGCUGAUCACUUCUCUGGCCCUUGGAUAUAGUUGAUGUGAGGGGGGCGGGAAAGUGUCUAUAAGCAACCGACCUAUAUAUAUAUCGUGCAAACUUAAAUCAGUGACUUCUAACAUAUAUUCUCAUCGCUAUGGACAGUCAAGGGAAGAAAGAGCUCAAGAAAUGGACGUGAUUUUCAGCUAUAAUGAAGCUACGUAAACAAACAUAGGAAGAAGAGGAAGAAAACGAAGAAAAUAAAAGAAUAAAGAAGAAGAAGAAGAAGAAGAAGAAAAGGAGGAGGUGGAGGAGGAGGAGGAGGAGGGAAAUAAGGACAAACUAGAAUAGAUGAGUGCUUUCUACCACCACCACCACCACCACUACCACUACCACCAUCACUACCACCACCUCCACCAUGCCUCCCUUCUGUUGGUCUCUUGUGUUGCUUCUUCUGUCGCCUCAACACACGCUGCAAGCCAACUCGAAUGCUGUUGCUGAAGACUGUCGCGAGUACUGCCUUCAGUGCAACGGGACAGGCCACAUAAGCCCCACAGCAAGGUUGGGAACAAUGCUGCAAGUCUCGCUGCAGGUGACAGCCCAGGGGGAGCUGCCUUACGCCACAAUCAUCGUCAAAGCCUCGAAUCCUCCCAUCUCCGUCAUGGUGAACAGGGAGAACAUUACACUACGGGUUAAUGGCCAGCCGGCGGGCAACUUCAGCCUGGACACCCCACGACCUGCCUUCUCCUGGGUCAACCUCGUACUGGCGCGACCCGACCCCAAGUCUCUCCUGGUCUAUGCUCCCGAAGACAGGCUCAGCGUUCUCACUGCCAACGCCAUCCCCGGAGACAAUGUGUUUGUGUCUUCACAGCACAUUACUCGUUUGGCUUUUAACUGCAUUUUGGGCUGCCUCAUCAGGGACCAAAACUCAGCUCUCGUGGGCGGCGGCGGCAACGGAAAGGGAAUGGAAGGGGAAGAAGGGGAAGGGAAUGACCUGUUACGACCCCCCUUCACCCUGUACCUGAAGCCUGCACCCAUACCCUCUUACGAGCCCUUCAGAUACAAGUUCGCCCCCUUCUUCGUCCUGACCUCAAGCAGUGGUUUUGAAAAGACGGUGAAUGCGAGCGAAUGGGAGGCUGACACGUGGCACAGAGUUGAGGUCUUGGUGGGUGACAACAAAACUGGGGUGAAGAAGGAGGAGGAGAAGGAGGAGGUGAAGAUGUGGGUGCCAGAUGAACUCUACAGAAUCAACAUACUCCGAUUCUUCAACUGGACUCUCCACUGCCCCCCACAUGAACUCAAAACCGCCCCCGGACCAACACAGGGACCAACGGACAACAGCAACACAAGGAAAACCACUCCUACAACAACACAAGCCCCUGGAGGAAACACCGAAGGCACAGGAGGAGGGGGAGGAGGAGGCGGAGGAGGAAGAAAGAGCAACAGCACCGGGAUGCCGCAGAAGGAUGUCAGAGGAGGGGCCGGGGCAGGCGAGGUCGCGGCCUGGGUGCUGGCUGGGUUGGCACUCUUUGUGGUCCUGAUUCUGGCACUCGCACUUUGCACCAAGACUGCCACGACGCACAACAUACACUCCCGGAACCUCGAGGACUGCCCCCCGUCCGUGGGUGUCCUCUCCUUCAACGAUAUCAAGACCAGAGAACCAGAAGAGAGUAGUGAGCCUGGAAGCCCUACCCUGUCUUCCACUCCCAAACGACCCCUUUCAAGCUGGUGAAGAAGAAGAAGAAGAAGAAGAAGAAGAAGAAGAAGUGGAAGAAGAAGAAGAAGAAGAAGAAGGAGCAGGAG